GGAGAAGAGGCGGAAGAAGAAGAUUUUGUUUUAACGCUUAGAAAGUUUCCUAGGACUCCACAGCCUUGGAUAUCACUGGGAAGUGAAGUGGAAGUGGAAGAUGAAAAUGUGAUAGAAAACAGACCAAAGGUUAGAAGAUUAUUGACAAUGACAUUGUCAUUGCCAUGUGUACUUGUAGCCCUAUCUAUUUAAAAAAUGAUUUCAUUGUGCUGUCAGUGCUCUGUAGUCUUAUUAAUGUCUGUCUCUCAAGAACAUGGUGACUGCUUCAUAAGCUUUUUUUGUGUGAUCUCAUUGACUACAUGUAGGUGAAGUUUAGGAUAUCAAGGAAAAGGCGUGAGUUUGGAGCUCCUGUUUUCUUAAGUGACCGUAAUGUAUCUGAUGCUAAAGAUGGCUUUGUGGAAUGCCCUUCAUUUGAUGAUGACAGUUAUGGACUUCUGAAGAAAGAGUUGGACAAAGGCAUACAG